AUUUGCUCAAAAUUCCAUAAAACUGUUUGUGUCAAAAGUCGAAAUAUUCCUGAUUUUUUUUUUGUUUGAUGUUUUGAGUCAAAAUCCAGGGUGUAACUGUAAAGUGAUCCUUUAGUUUACUGCCUCUUUUUUGAACUUCCCUCGAGUCCGUUUUGAACCAUGGAAAUUGGAACACAGUCCACACUGCACGCGUAACGGCUAGUUUAAAGUUUCCAACUCAAAGCGGUAAUUCAGUAACUCGUCAAAAUAUAUAGCACCCUUCUAGUCAUUUUACCAUACAAAAUUUCCCUCCCAAAUAUUUCGUGAAAACCCUCAAAUUUCCCGCUCAAAUCCAUAAAAUAAUUUUCCUCUCUUAUUUCUCGAUUCUCUAUUUUCUUCUGGUUUUGAAUUUCGCAUCUGAUCUGCAAGAAUCAAGAAUGCCAGAUUUGGGAAAUGCAAUGUCUCUCACUCUCACGCGCUGCUCUUCUCUCGAGAAUCAUCAAUUAGAUUUACCAUCAACAACGGCAACGGCAGCAAUUCAAUCUCCGGUCAAAACCCUAGUCAAAGACUUUGACUGCAAUUGGGAGCAGCAAAACCAGAAUCAGAACUCUCUACUACUUCCUUGCAAUGUUAACAAUUCAAUUAAGGUUUUAAAGCGGAAGAAAGCAGGAGCAAGUGGUAGUGGUAAUGGCAACUGUAACGGUAACGGUAAAUGUUUGGAGGAUUACGUUAGGGCUUGGAAUCAGAACAAAUUGGACUCUGGCGUCUCCCUCUCCCGUUGCUUCCUUCCUUUCCUCGUUUCCGCUAAGAAAAUCGCUGAAUGUCGUGUUUGUCAUCACUUUAUCUUCCCCGAGGAAGAGGUAUCAUGCUCGGUUCGUAACUGUGGAGUAGUUUAUCACUUUGUAUGUGCAAAGGAAACAUUUCACAUUUCCAAUCGAAAGAACUUUAAGUGUCCACAACAUGCAUGCUUUGUUUGCAGACAGAAUUUUCAUUGGCGGUGUGUGCGAUGCUCAAUGGCAUCACAUGAUAAAUGUGGUCCAUGGCCAGAUAAAGUAAUUCAUUUGACAGAGCAACCCAGACGGGCAGUAUGUUGGAGGCAUCCAACUGACUGGCGGCUGGAUAAGAAGCAUUUAAUCCCAGCAAGUGAUAUUGAGGAAGUAUUUUCUCGCUUGCCUCUACCAUAUAUUGAGGAGGAGUUUAAGAUCGACACAACAUGGAAAUUUCUGAUUGAGAAUAAUUUAGAGCCACCUCCCUACGUGCAUAUCAGGCGCAAUGUUUAUCUUGUCAAAAAGAAGCGUGAUGAUGCUGAUAAUGACGUGGGAUGUACAAAUUGUAGUUCAUGUUGUGAGAACUGUGUAUGCAGGGUUCAAUGCAUAAGCUGCUCAAGGGCUUGCCGUUGCUCUGGAAAUUGCACCAACAGGCCAUUUCGAAGGGAUAAAAAGAUUAAAAUUGUCAAGACUGAAUAUUGUGGUUGGGGAGUAGAGGCAGCUGAGCUGAUAAACAAGGGCGAAUUUGUAAUUGAGUAUAUUGGCGAAGUAAUUGAUGAUAGACUCUGUGAACAAAGGCUUUGGGACAUGAAAUACAAAGGUGUGCAGAACUUCUACAUGUGUGAAAUUCGUAAAGACUUCACAAUUGAUGCAACUUUUAAGGGAAAUACAUCUCGUUUUCUAAAUCACGGUUGUGAUCCCAACUGUAUUCUGGAAAAAUGGCAGGUAGAGGGAGAGACACGAGUAGGUGUAUUUGCUGCUCGUGCGAUUAAAGUUGGGGAACCAUUGACUUAUGAUUACAGAUUUGUGCAAUUUGGACCAGAGGUAAAGUGCCAUUGUGGUGCUGCCAACUGUCAAGGUUAUCUUGGGACCAAAAAGAAGAUUUGUAAGUUGAAAAUUGGCUGGGGUACAAAACGGAGGAGAUCGGCAACUGCUUGCUUAGCUAUCAUAACUGAAUGAUUCGUCUAUUUCCGGUGGAUCGGUCAGGCUAGGCUGUUGUACAUUUUUUCAACAUGAAAUAUGUGUGAAGUAAAAGUAAAACUGCAUGAUACAUCACUCUGUCCCUAUUAUACCAUUGAAGUUCCAACAUUAAUGAAACAAAGAAAUGUAUUUUUUCUCCUUGUCAGUUCCACAUUUUGUCACAUCUUUUGUAGAAUUCUGCUCGAAGCAGGUUUUAUAACAUUGUAAACUUGCAUGUAAUUGAUUUACUCAAGGUAGACUUACCAGGAUGUAAUUCACAGAUAAUUUCAAAUCGAAUUAUAGUAAUGAAAACUGUUUAUUUUUUUUAUAA